UCACGACGUUCGCGAGAACAUGGAGCUAGAAACGCUGCUGCGGAACCACGCUUCAGCAAAGAAAUCUGAUGAGAAUUCUCAAGAAGAUGAAAAAAAGGAAGACAAAUACUUUCAGAAGAUGUAUCAGCAGUGGAAGGGCGUGAAGACUAAGAAUGAUUCCACUUAUAAAGUGAUACCAAAAUUCUAUUUCAAGUUGCCGAAAGAAGACGAAAUUCUACCACAGAAAUUACGUGAGGAAACACGCGCCUUAUUCCUACAAAGACGUUCUAGACAGUUACUCGAUAAUCACGAAUUGAAAGCACUCUGGGUUUUGUUGGACAAACAUCACAGUCCACCUUUGUCAGGAGAUGAGCAGUUAAUUAAUUAUGAGGACUUUAAGAAAGUAGGCAAACUGGCAGGAACAAAGUGCAGUCCGUAUUUUACUGCAGUUGUUUUUGCCAAACUGCAGCAAGGAGAUUUACAUGGUAGAAUUAGCAUAAUGGCACUAUUCAAUUACGUCAUGCGAAAAGUUUGGUUACAUCAAACAAGGAUUGGAUUAUCUUUAUACGAUAUUACGGGACAAGGUUACCUUAGAGAAUCAGAUUUGGAAAAUUAUAUCUUAGAACUGAUACCAACAUUGCCACAACUUGAAGGGCUGGAAAAGUCCUUUCACUCGUUUUAUGUGUGUACAGCUGUCAGGAAAUUCUUAUUCUUCUUAGAUCCGCUUCGAACUGGAAGAGUUCGUAUUCAGGAUAUUUUAGCGUGUAGCUUCUUGGACGAUCUUCUAGAAUUGAGAGACGAGGAUUUGCCGAAAGAUUUGCAAGAAGCCAAUUGGUUCUCUGCACCUUCGGCCCUUAAAGUUUACGGGCAAUAUCUUAAUCUGGACAGAGAUCACAAUGGAAUGUUGAAUAAAGAGGAACUCGCUGGAUAUGGCACUGGUACUUUAACCGGUGUAUUUCUUGAACGAGUAUUUCAAGAAUGUCUCACCUAUGAAGGCGAGAUGGAUUAUAAGACUUAUCUGGAUUUCGUUUUAGCAUUAGAGAAUCGGCACGAACCUCAGAGUCUUCAUUACCUCUUUCGAAUUCUCGACAUUAACAAUCAUGGUUACUUAGAUACUUUUUGUCUGAAUUAUUUUUUCAGGGCGAUACAAGAACAGAUGACGAUGCAUGGUCAAGAACCCGUUAGUUUUGAAGAUGUCAAAGAUGAGAUCUUCGAUAUGGUGAAGCCAGCAGAUCCGUGUAAAAUUACGCUGCAGGAUUUACUGUCAUGCGGGCAAGGCGACACGAUGGUCAGUAUCUUGAUCGAAUUCCAUGGCUUUUGGGCAUACGAAAAUCGUGAAGCUAUGGCUGCUGAUACCGGGGAUGAGUCGUCUCAUGUAUGACGAAGCACUUCUCAUCCAAAAAUACGAGAUAAACGUCCCGAGAUAAAUAGUGCACUGGACAUUAACACUUAAUGUGUUUAACACGAUAUUGUGAUGAUACGCAUUUUGUAGUAACAAAAUUUUUAUACUUUUAUUAUAUGUGCCAGAACAUGGCAAUCACCGU